AGAUCAGACUCUCAGAGGGUCACAUUUGGUUUUAUUGCAGGAGUCACUGGACAGUCAGUCACGAUGAAGAGUCUGAUUUCACUUUUUCUUCUGUCAUUCGUUCUGCAUUUAUCCAGCAGUGCAGAUUGGUGUUAUCGGACACAAGUGAGCUGCGAUGGACAUUGCAAAGGUCCCGAGCGCUGGAGUGAAGUAAAAGCUGAUUGUGGAAAAGGCAGACAGUCUCCCAUCAACAUAGUGACGAAGAAAACCAAACUGGACGAGCGUCUGACGCCUUUCAAAUUCACCCGCUAUCAGGACGCUUUCGACAGCACCAUCACUAACAACGGGCACUCCGUUCAGGUGAAUAUACUCAACGCACCCACAGUAUCUGGAGGAAAUCUGGGAUACACAUAUAAAGCCGUUCAGCUUCACCUUCACUGGGGAACAGAUGGAGGUCCGGGAUCUGAACACACCGUUGAUGGAGAGCAGUAUCCUAUGGAGCUGCAUAUCGUUCAUAUGAAACAAAGAUACAACAGCGUACAAGAUGCAUUAAAAGAUCCCUCUGGCAUCGCCGUUUUGGGAUUCUUCUACGAGGAGUCAAAGACCCCAAACAAACAUUACGACCAGUUCAUUCACGCCCUGAAGAGCAUACAGAACACAAAUGGAAAUGUGACGCUUCGUAAGAUCUCACUCAAUCAGUUCAUUCUGUCAGAGGAAAACAUGACCAACUAUUACCGCUACGAAGGAUCUCUGACCACACCGGGAUGUACGGAAGCUGUGGUCUGGACUGUCUUUGAAAAUCCCAUUCCUCUCGACAAAGAACAGCUUCGAGCUUUUUCUUCCCUAAAAUUCCACGACGGAAAACCAAUGGUGGGAACGUUUCGACCCGUACAGUCUCGCAACGGACGUACAGUUUAUCGGUCGAGCGGUCCGGCGGUUCUGGCAUGCACUGUGCUUCUCUUCGUCUCCAUCACUACAACAUUGAGUCUGUCCCAUAUAAACUAAAGCCACCCGAGCCCAAUGAACACAACGAGUUCUCAACAAAACAACAGACCAACGUGAGAAAAGCCAAACCUACAGAAUAGCAGCACAUCACAAAUAGCUGCCGUCUGAAGAGAAGAGCAGCUUUGUCAGCAGAAUACUACAGUAGUUAGUUUGUGUAGAAAUGUGACGUUUAACAUGACGCUCGACCGCAUGAGUAGAAUGAAGAACAGACUCGUAACGAUCAAUAGAACAGGACUGAACCUCUGUGAGAAAUAAACGCAUGACCUUUCUCUAUCACACACACACACACACACACACACAGAGGCUAUAUUUACAACAUGAACCCUGGAACACGUUUGAUACCAGUUUCUGAAUAUAACACACAGACCAAAAGAACGCUCAGCAUUUAUCGUCAACAUCUCUGAGGUCAACAACGCACUCACAACCUUUCUUUAAACAGACCAAACUCAGACCCCUAUAAGUUCACCAAAGGUUUAAAAACCUUGUGUGAGUAAUCUCUUUCUCUUCCUUUUUAAACGCUUUUUAUGGUAAACAGUGUUAUUUACCCCAAAAUGAAAAUGUGGUCAGCAUUUACUCAUUGUCGUGUCAUUUCAAACAGGGAGAAAAUUACAUCAAGUAAAUCUGGGGCCUCGAUCGUAGAAAACAAUGUAAUAUUAACAGUUUGUUUUCGAGAUUUUGCCACGUCACACCAUAGGACAUGACAUGUAGGAUUUAUUCGUCAACAACUCCCCUGUAUUAAAGCAACAAAAAAGCACUAAAGCACACUUUUGGCUCCCGCGGGAUACACUGCUGGGCUAUACUAAUAGUUCAAACUAGAUUCUGAGGUAGCAGUUGGUUGUUAGCCGUUAGUGCACAGCGUAUUAGCUACAUAGCAACUAACUUUCUAACACAUUUGCAGUCACCCAAAACACAACGCAUGGACGUGAAUGUGUUUAGCAACCAACGCAAAUCAUUUUCUGUAGUUAUAUUUUCAGAAACACACUCGCGGCCAGGUGUUGUGCUUUGUGUAAUGGGUGCAUUCAAUAACUUAGACUCAACUCGCUAUGGGUAUAGUGCCUAGCAUAGUAACUAUAGAUACCGAUAACAUUAGUCUACGUCAGGGGUGUCCAAAGUCAGGCCUGCGGGCCAAUCACGGCCCGGGGAUGAAUUUUAAACAGCCCGCAGCAUGUCUAUUAUUAUUUUUUAAGGGGGCCCGAAAAUCAAAUUGUGCAAAUUAUACAAUGUCAACAGAAGGUAGCAGCACUAGAUUUUAGGGUCAAUUGUUGUGAGAGGCCGAGUGAGUGACAGUUGAACAGUUAGGAUGCCACAAUGGCCACGUACAAAAAAGUUGAUAAGGAGGGCCGUCGAUUUAAUGAGCGCUGGAAAGCUGAGUAUUUUUUCACAGAGAGUCGAAAUAAUUGCAUUUGCCUAAUAUGCAAUGAGACUGUAUCCGUUAUGAAAGAAUACAACGUGAAGAACCGCAGUUCCAUCCGUCGCACUGAUUUGUUCAGUUUUCAGGUGAUGAUUGUUACAGUGUUACUGUUACCUGUUUACCGAAUACUUAAAAUGUAUUCAUUUCUAGUGUCACUUAACUCGAGCUUAGCAUUUUCAUCAGUAUAUUUCAUCCAUAUUUUAAAUUAAUGCAGUUUACAUAAAUGUUUAAAACCUCUGAUGCUUUGUUGAGUUUGCAGGUAAUUGUUAAUAAUCUAUAUUAUUUUUACUUGUUACUAUUCGUUGAGAUAUAACUUUCUCUCUACACAUUGUAUACAUUUUGUUAUAAAUCAGUUUGUAAUUGAUUAAACCCUGAUGUUUGUAGGCCUAUCAUCCCUCCAUUGAGGUGUUGAAUUUGAAAGUGACUGUUAAAAUGUUACCUUUAACUACUAUAGUGUCAUACUUCGUUUGAGCUAAACUUUUCAUACAUUCUUUUUCAUACAUACUUUAUUCAAUUUAUGUAACGCUGAAGUUUUGUUUUUAUAUGUGCUCGGACCUAAAAAUAAAUUAUUGUUAAUGUAGAGUUGCAUUUUAUUAAAAUGACCAUGAUUAGCAUAACAAUGAAAAGGCACGAAAGCAUAAAAAAAUAAAAGCAUACGGCCCCCAUGUGUAUUGACAAAAUGCAAUCUGGCCCCCUUAAGAAAAAGUUUGGACACCCCUGGUCUACGUGCAUGAACUAAGAAAACAGCAGCUUUUGAACGUAAAACAUUUAAAAAACACGUAAGCUAAUGAGACCCGGCAACAAUACAUAAUCUCUAGUCUACCUUACGGUUAUAAAUUGUGAACUAGUAACGUAAGUGCGCCAAUAAACAACCUGAGCACAGCCAAAUUACUAAUAAGCACAAAAGUACAGGACAGUAAGAAAACAUGUACAUAUAAGACUUUCAAAUCUAGUAGCAGGAAGGCUAACGUUAGGUCAAUGGAAAUUGUAAAAAGCGCUAUAGGCUAUAAAUAAAGUUGAGUUAAGUCUCCAUCCAUUUUGCAACCCGUUGCCUCUUGCAGCUUGCGAUGCUGCUUUAACGUUUGUUUUAUUUGCUGGCUUUGACAUGGUGAUGGUUUGGAGACUUGCGUUGAACUAGAUUGUUUCGUCUUAUUGUUAGCUGUUGGCUAAGUUCUCCCAGGCUACGAGUAAAACGUGACGUAUGCCGUAAAUCCGGGGAUAGGUUGAGCUUGUACCGGCCCGAACACCAAAGUACAAUUUCAGCCGUUAUCGCUUAAAGAGUCGAGUAAAUGGCAACAAAAAAAUCCAAAUUGAGUCUGAAAGUGAGCCAUUCUAAGAUCCCUGAAACAAGGCAUCAAAUAGAACAUCCACAUCCUCUCUGAUGAAUCUAUUAUUGUGGAUCUGUGCGUUUUGUCUGUGGCUAGUUACACAUGAUUCACAUACUUUACUUUAAUAAACGGAAAAUGUUUAAGUAUUUUGUGAGGACACAAGAUUUGUGUUAAUUUUUUAAGGAUUCUUGGGUCUCAUAUGCACUGAAUGAUGCCAGAAAUCCCACAAUAUGAUCGUGUGUGCAAAAGCAGGGUAAUGUGCAACAUUUAUUCUUCGGACACACAUUUGUUUAUUUCCGCAUAUGCAUGUAUGUAUAUUUUCCAUACGGCUGCUGUUUUUGUAUAAUUGCAUUAAGACAUUGGAAUUGAUCUGAUGUAAAUGAAGCUCUUUCUUUUGACUGCAGUAUUGUAUCUUGAAAUGCACAUUGACCGUUUAAGUCUUCGUGAACAUGUUACACAUGAUCAGUCGUAAAUGCGCUGACGAUAUUACGAUUGCCAAAUAAAAUGUACCUGCUGAUGAUGUAUGUAGACAAUGAAUUUCAGUGAAACAAUAAACUACUGUAAUACCUUUUUA